AGUUAAGUCAACAAAGCAAAUCGUUGGAUGUGAAUACAGUGACCCCUUCCAGCUUCACAGUAUGGAGAAUCAGUGGAGAAUUCGGAAAUCGUGGCAACGAAAUGGCAUUAGUCGCUGGUACCAGGUUCGAUUUAGGUGCACGGAUCAAGCAGGUUACGAUUGCGGCAGGAAAAUUCUUAUAUUCCGUUAUCCGGCGACUUCUUAUGGUCUUAUAGAGUGGGACUUGUUAUACCCUCUUCCAGAUUACACAAAUCGCAUUUCACAAUUCAAACUUGGCGAAAUAUUUAAAAAGCAAAAUGGACCGGUGUUACUUCCUCCAACGCCUCCACAGCCAACAACGACAUCAGCACCAUCCCCACCCGCAGUUCCACUGGAACAUUCCCACCAUGAACACCACCUCGGACAUGAAGUAUCGGAAAUGGAGCUACAAUCGUAUCUAAAAGAUCAUCCGGAAACGUGGGUACCUCCGGGAUAUGGCAAAGAUAGAUCGGACUGGUUCGCACCGAAUACCUACGAUCCAUAUCCACAACGCGUAAGCCCGACUUAUGAUGCAUACAAACUACGCGAUCAGACAAAUUUCAAUCGCAUGGGGAGAGCUGUGGAUGAUUUAAGUGAUAACGAUUUUUUAGUAGAGGAAGAUAGGCACAACAUUAGUCAACAUCGCGAUUGGGAAAGUUUUUAUCAUUACCGCGAAAGGCGAGAUUUGUAUCAUGCCAUUGAACAUGCUCUAGGGAAUAGACACCGGUUGCAGAUGAAAUCGUGCGUUUUGCGAGCCAUAUGUGAAGCAAGAAAACUACUCCAUACAAAGAAAAAGUCCAUGAUGGUGGAAAUGGCCAGGCUUAUGUUCAGUGUUCCAUUAAAAGAUGACCUUCAAGAUGACUAUAGUAAGGCAAUGAGAGAUGACAAUUUGGAUUGUACAGCAAUUUAUGGGGAAAAAUGCGCCGUUAGUAUUUUGGCGUUGCUUCUGUUCGGAAAGUUUGAACCAUCGAUCGAAUAA